CCUUGUCCACCAGCAGCACAGUGCGCCAGGGAGCGAGAGCAAAGGCGUGAGGCUUACCGGGGAGCGGGCACGACAGACCGGCAGCACCGCUGAGUGGCGGCGGCGGCAGCUAGAAAACGCGUCCGUUACUUGUUUUAAGGAGACACUUUAUUAAAACCCGCUAGGGCCGAGGGAUUCUUGGUCAUUCUGUCAGUCGUGAAAAAGGAACUCUUUCACAUUUGGAAGAACAGUAAGCGGUGGUGGGGAGGAGGGGAGAAAGAUGCGGUUCCAGCCCGACUCGGUGAGCCGCGCAGUCCGCCUCCGACUCUGGUGAUGCCCGCCGUGCGGGGAUCACCGCCCAGCAGCAGCAGCAGCAGCAGCAGGAGGAGGAGGAGGAGAAGGAGGUCGGGACAACAGGGCGUCGGGGGCCGAUGAUGCUGUUGGUAAGGUCGGGAUCAUGGCAAACGGAACCGGUACUAUCAUGUUGAAAUGCGUCGUGGUCGGAGACGGUGCAGUGGGUAAAACGUGUCUGCUGAUGAGCUAUGCCAAUGACGCCUUUCCAGAGGAAUAUGUACCCACAGUCUUUGAUCAUUAUGCAGUGAGCGUCAACGUCGGAGGAAAGCAGUAUUUGUUGGGACUGUAUGACACAGCUGGUCAGGAGGACUACGACCGCCUGAGGCCGUUGUCCUACCCGAUGACCGAUGUCUUCCUCAUCUGCUUCUCUGUGGUCAACCCCGCCAGUUUCCAGAAUGUGCGUGAAGAAUGGGUGCCCGAGUUGCAGGAGUAUGCGCCCAGCGUUCCCUACUUGCUCAUUGGCACCCAGAUUGAUCUCCGUGAUGACCCCAAAACCAUUGCCAAACUAAAUGACAUGAAGGAGAAGCCCAUCGCCACCGAGCAAGGACAGAAACUGGCAAAGGAGAUCGGUGCAUGUUGCUAUGUGGAAUGUUCAGCAUUGACCCAGAAGGGCCUGAAGACGGUGUUUGACGAGGCCAUCAUCGCCAUCCUGGCUCCCAAGAGAAAGAAGGGGUCUCUGAAAAGAAGACUGGGGCCUCGCUGCAUUAACUGCUGUCUGAUUACGUGAUACAUAAACUCAGCAACCAACCGCAAACCAAACCUGAACUGAGGACAAAGGACAGGCAGAAAAAUGCACAGACAGCAGCUGAGGCAAAAGAGAGGACUGAAUGGGACAAAACAAGAGCUAAUUUUAAGCCGUGGAGCUCUUGGACGGCCAUAACUCUUCCUGCUAUCCAGCACUGGGGUUAGGGAUGCAGUUUACUACCAAAGGAGCACAAAGCCCAAGUCAGUCUCUUGGUUUAAAAGACUUUUGCCUCAGAAGUACAUUCUUUUAUAACCAUUUUUAAUCAUUUUUCUGUGUAAUACUGUUGUAUGCUGUCAUACGGGGGAAAAACAGACACACACACACACACAAAAUGACAUUAACGAUUGACAAAUUCUACAUUUUAAAGAGCUCAUCUUCUUACUAUGUUUAUGGAAGAUUGGUUACUAUUUAGUAGAUUUCUCAAUAUAAGAUCAGAUGUGCAAAAGAAAUAAUGAGCUAAUACAUAAUUAGAGGCUGGCUUAAGUGACACUGUGACGGUGUCCAGAAGACUUUUCUGGACAUAAGGGCCCAGUUCUUUUUAUUUAAAACUUACACUAAAAAGACUGUUGAUCCAAAACAGUCUGGCUCCUAUUAUUUUUCAUUUGAGAACCUGAUAAUGAAACCACACAAGAUGCCUGCACUGUGUGGGAGUAACACCGUUCAACAACAGAUAAAUACGUUCUGAUUUUGGACCUAGAACUGAAUGAUUUUUAAUGCCUGAAAGUCUUUGGG